UUACAGCAGUAUUACAGGAGCAUUUUCAGUGAUUAUGAUCCGAGAUUAUUUAAUCUAAUCUUCCUUUCCAAUGUAUAAAAAAAUGACAAGGCAAUAACAUAGUUUUUUAACUGCAAUAGGUGGCUACAAAACAAAUAUAAUACAUGAGUGUUAUAUUAGCAGAAGAUGCUUAUUGCGCAACACUGCGAUUAUUGUAGAAAUAGUGACAAAUAGAGCACGGAGAUUGUACGUGAAUCACAUGAUAGUCGUAGGUCUCUCAAAGAGAAACAGGGACAAACUGAUUGUGGAAUUGAGAGUGAGAGAAACGAAGCUGACAAUCAUUGGUAGGGGAAAUCUCCAUCGUUCCAAGAACGGAAAAACGGCAUUUGACAAAACUGCACGUGUGAGUCAAUAAUGUGCACGCGGAAAUUAAUCUCAUCCGGCAUGUACAAAACACAUAUAGGCAACAUAGUUGAGUAAUAGUGACUACGUAACGAUGUAGAAAUAUUAGUAUGAGACUAGAGAGGAGGCGCAUCAUACCUCCACCAGCCGAGGCGAAGGCGGCGGUGGCAGUGGCAAUAGUUGUAGCUAUUACAAAUAAAAUGAUUGCUCGGUGCGGGACAUGCAGAGAUACGUGCGCGCUUCAUUCACACGUAUUAUCUCGACUCGUACAGUCCGCCUGACACGAAACGUGAUAAUUAAUGUAGAUACGAGUUUUUCCUGAUAUUAUUUGCCUGUGCGAUAAUCAUGAGCAACGAUCAGCAAGAGUUGAAGACGAUUGAACUGCGCGAAUUGCAACCGAUAUUGAGUCGUACAUUCGGCAAUCAGUUGAUAGUGGUCCAUUAUACAACUAAGAAUUUGCUGCAACCUGGCGAGAAUUAUGGUAGUACCAUUUUAAGUGUUCAUGCCGUAAUUAAGCGCAACGAUGAGUCAGAAGAGGAAGAUCUUUAUCUCAUUGCGAAGAUGCCACCGCCAACAGAAUUCCAACGACAAAUCUUUGAUCCCCCGUACACAUUCAAAAAGGAAAUCUUUAUGUAUGAAAACAUCGUACCUUAUUACCAAGAAUUGGAAAAAGAAAUGGGCUUGAAGGAGAAUGAAGUAUUUGAUAUAUUGCCUAAAUAUUAUCAGUCUCGAUUGUCGCUGACUCCAAAUGUCGAUUUCGAUGAUAACGCUGUUAUUCUAAUGGAAAACUUAAGGACACAUGGUUAUUACAACGGCGACAGAGCUAAAGGAUGCGAUCUUGAACAUUCGAGAGUCGCGAUACGGGCCAUGGCGAGAUUUCAUGCGCUAGGGAUGGCUACAAAGUACAAGCGACCGGACUAUUUCGAAAUAUUAAAGCAACGCAGUAAAAGCUUGGAGUUUAAUACUGACGAGUUUGAGCACUUCCAAGAAGAUAUGCUGAAGAGGAUAGCAGGGAUCUCAGAAUUAUCUGUUUACGUCGAUCGAUGCGAAGCUGCCAUUCGCGACUCGUUCAAAUAUGGCUUGUUUACAGUGACGCCCGAUGAACCGUGGUCCACUAUUAUCCACGCGGACUUUUGGGUGAACAACAUCAUGUUCCAUCGCGAUGAAAACGGUCACGUAGACAAUAUUAAAUUCGUGGAUUUUCAGAAUUAUCUAUUUUUCAGUCCAUUGCGCGAGAUGGUCUUUUUCCUGUUCUCUAGCACAGAGCUUUCGUGCGAUGAUCAUAUCGAAGAACUGAUAGAUCUCUACCACGAGACAUUUUUAGCUGUGCUGAACCGAAUGGGCUGUGAUAUAGAGCCAUUUACCAGAGAGAAAUUCGAUGCUAAGUUGUUCACCGAUGCCAGGCUUGAGUCUAUGCAUUUGUUCUUCAUGCUUAAGAUACUCACACUAGACGUGCAGGAGACCGAAUUGAAGCACGAGAAUAUGAAAGACGUCAUGAUGACCUACCAAGGGAACCAAUUGUUCGUUCAACGAUUGCGAAAGGUCGUGUUAUAUUUUAUUAAACACGACUGGAUGUAGGCAAUAUACAAUAGGAAAAAAAAAUAGAAAAUGUCCUGAAAUAUCAAGUUACAUAUAAAUACAUUUAUGAUUGCGUGAUAAUGCAACGCAAAUGAUUGCGCUACAUAUGUAACUACAUUACACAUUGUUUUGUUUCAUCCUUUGCAAAUCGUUAAACAAUAAAAGGACGAGGCAAGUUAUAGAAGAAAAUGGAUGUGUAUAUAUAAUUUAGCAAAAUUAACAAAUAUAUGUAUAAAAUAUAUAUUU